AGUGGAGCAGUUAUCCAGUGCACCCUCAUCCCAGUGGAAUGCGUUAGUGGAGGGAGAGUCACGCAGUUCACGGCCUAGUCUGCGUGGAGAUAUUUACACGACAUUUAACACAUUCUCGACUGCGUAAGCUGUCACCGCAUCACAUUCUGUCUAUUUCCGGGUGAAAUCACGGCUCAGAAGUUCGGGUGUUUGUAGACUGUUGACAAAAUAGCGGUUACGUGUGGAAAGGGAGGGUGUAUAGCAAACAGGGAAAAAAAUCGAGCGAUCGCUUGCUUGUUUCUCUCAGCCAGCUGAAAGAAGCAGGAAGCGGACUAGAGCUGUUCACCUGCACCGUGUCGAAUGAAAGACUGCAUUGGACAUUUGAAGGGGGAGAAGGCUCAGCUUUUGCCUUCUUACUAUGAUUGAAACCUGACCGGUGUUUGGAGUUCAACCCGAGACGCGGACAGUUAACUUUUAACAUUUAGUUUCCGUGAAUUCUACAGAACUGGCGUCGGACAUUCCAUUCCAGUUGGAAUAAUCUGUUCUAAAGAUACAGCGUCCUCUCCAUCCCAUCAUGGAGCUGGCUGAGAAAUAAGAGACUGCAGAGACAGCAGGUUCCCAUGGUUUGGCUCCAGCGUGCUGUCUGCCAUGCCUCCCGCCAAGACAGAUCAGCUGGACUUGUGGGCGGAGUCAGGGCUGGAUGGAGACGUCCAGGUGAUGGUCGACUUCCUGUUGCCCACAGGAAUAUACAUCCAGAUGGAGGUUCCUCGAGAGAGCACCAUCCAACACAUCAAACUGCUGUUAUGGAAGGAGGCACAGACAUACCCUCUCUUCUCAUUGCUGGGGGAGAUGGAGGGUCACAUGUUCGAGUGUGUGAACCAGGCAGCAGUGCACGAAGAGCUGGAGGAUGAAACCAGACGGCUAUGCGAUGUGCGACCGUUCUUGCCUGUCCUCAAACUUAUCACACGUAACUGUGGACGUGCAGAGCGCAUACUAGACUCUAAAAUCGGAGUGCUCAUUGGGAAAGGUCUUCAUGAGUUGGAUGCCCUGCAAGACCAGCAAGUAAAAGACUUUCGUUCCAAAAUGAAGCGAAUCAGCGAAGAGAAGAUGCAGCGCAUGCAGCUGAUGUCGUGGGGGGAGUGGCUUCGGAGCUGUUACUCCAUGCAGCUGGAGACAGGGUCAUUGGAGAAUUUGAUUGACAAACAUGAGGGUGUAAUCAAAAUUACCAUGCACUACGACCAGUCACAGGACACAGCCAGCCUGAAAGUGUCAUUGCAUUGUACAGUAACUGAACUAAUGGACCAGGCUCUCAAGAAAUGGCAGACCACUCACGGCCCAGAGGAAGACAUUGGUACCCGUAGCGAUUAUGUGCUGCGUGUCAGUAGCAGACUUGAGUUCCUGUUUGAAGAUCACCCUCUUAAUCAGUGCAAAUACAUUAGGGAUUGUUUGUUGGCCAAUGAGAGCCCUCAUCUGACACUGGUUCACUGUGAUGUUGUGAAGGCAAUGUUUGAGAAGGAAAUCAGCACAAUUGGAUCAGUGCUUGCGCGGAAAACUUCAAACCCUCCUCUACCGCUGCCCCCAAAGAAGAGGCCGCCAACGCAGUUACAUACGUGUGUUUGGAAGGUUCAUUCUCUGUUUAGAAUUAAUCUUGUGAAAGGUAAUAAGGUGAACGCUGAAGAUGCCGCUAAGAUCCAAGUUCGAGCAGGGCUCUUUCAUGGUACAGAGCUGUUGUGUAAGACAGCAGUCAGCAGUGAGAGCAGCAGCCGAUCUGAGCAUGUGUGGAACAAAACACUGGAAUUUGACAUCCCUGUUUGUGACCUGCCCCGAAUGGCCCGCCUCUGUUUUGCCAUUUAUGCUGUUAUGGACAAAGUGAAGAAACAGAGGUCAACCAAGAACACACACCUGAACAAAUACCAGACUAUCCGCAAGGCGGGGAAAGUGCACUACCCAAUAGCAUGGGUUAACACAAUGGUGUUCGACUACAGAGGGCAGCUGAAGACUGGUGACAUUAUCCUCCACUGCUGGUCCUCUUUUCCUGAUGAGCUGGAAGAGAUGUUGAACCCUAUUGGGACAAUUCAAACCAAUCCAUACACAGAGAAUGCCACAGAACUACAUAUAAGCUUUCCAGAAUACUCAACACAACCAGUUGUAUUUCCUGCUUUUGACAAGAUCCUGGAAAAAGCUGCAGAAAUAGCUGGAGCCAAUGAUUCCAUGACAAUGGGUCGUGGGGGUAAGAAGUUUUACAUAGAGCUAAAGGAGAUCAUGGAGAGGGAUCCUCUCUCUCAGCUUUGUGAGAAUGAGAAAGAUCUGAUAUGGACACUUCGCUAUGACUGCAGAGAAAACUUUCCUCAGUCUCUCCCCAAACUACUGCUGUCUGUCAAAUGGAGCAAACAUGAAGACAUGGCUCAGCUACAGGCUUUGCUGCAGAUUUGGCCCAAACUAAGCCCUCGAGAUGCCCUAGAACUUCUGGAUUUCAACUACCCUGACCAAUAUGUCAGAGAAUUUGCGGUCAACUGCCUUAGAGAUAUGAGUGAUGAUGAGCUGUUGCAGUAUUUACUGCAGCUUGUGCAGGUGUUGCGCUAUGAGCCAUACUACGACUGCGCCCUCAGCCGUUUCCUCAUGGAGCGUGCUCAGUCCAGCCGCAAGAUUGGCCACUUCCUGUUCUGGCAUCUCAGAUCUGAAAUGUACAUGCCAGCCGUGUCGGUUCAUUUUGCUCUGAUUUUGGAAGCAUACUGCCGAGGCUGCAUCCCACACAUAGAAGUUCUCAAAAAACAGGUUGAAGCUCUCAAUAAGCUGAAAGCUGUAAAUGAGCUGAUUAAAUUGGGCACCAUAAAAACGAAGACAAAACAAGCUCAUCUUAAAGAGGCCAUGAUGACCUGCCUUAGACAGACGGGGUUCAUCGAGACUCUUUCCGACCUGCAGUCACCUCUCAACCCCAACAUAUUGCUCGCUGGAGUACAUGUGGAGAGAUGUAAGUACAUGGACUCUAAAAUGAAACCUCUGUGGAUCGUUUACAACAACAAGCUGUUGGGAGGAGACACAGUGGGCAUCAUCUUUAAAAAUGGAGAUGACCUGCGGCAGGACAUGUUGACUUUACAGAUCUUAAGGUUGAUGGAUCUGCUGUGGAAGGAGGCUAACCUGGACCUCAGAAUUGUGCCUUAUGGUUGCUUGGCGACAGGAGAUCACUCUGGUCUGAUUGAGGUUGUGUCAUCAGCUGAUACCAUUGCGAACAUCCAAAAAACAAGCAGCAACAUGGCCGCCGCUGCUGCCUUCAAUAAAGAUGCUCUACUGAACUGGCUUAAAGACAAGAACUCUGGAGAUGCUUUGGAAAAAGCCAUUGAGGAGUUCACUCUGUCGUGUGCUGGUUAUUGUGUUGCCACCUACGUCUUGGGCAUUGGUGAUAGGCAUAGUGACAACAUCAUGGUUCGCAGUACAGGGCAGCUCUUCCACAUAGACUUUGGCCAUAUCCUAGGAAACUUUAAGUCCAAGUUUGGGAUCAAGCGUGAACGUGUUCCUUUCAUCCUCACACAUGACUUCAUCCACGUGAUUCAACAGGGAAAAACAGGCAACACCGAGAAAUUUGGAAAUUUUAGGCAAUACUGUGAGGACGCAUAUCUGAUACUGAGAAAGAAUGGAAAUCUGUUCAUCACACUCUUUGCUCUGAUGCUCACAGCAGGCCUGCCAGAGCUUACUUCUGUCAAAGAUAUCCAGUAUUUAAAGGACUCUCUAGCGUUAGGUAAAACUGACGAGGAGGCCCUCAAACAGUUCCGGCAGAAGUUUGAUGAAGCUCUACGAGAGAGUUGGACCACCAAAGUCAACUGGAUGGCCCACAUUGUGGCUCACCCUUCAUAAACCGAGGGAAACACAACAUCAGGCUCCAAACUGAAGUCAGGGUUCACCAUAAAGCACUAUUAAGUGCAGCAAAACAGUGACAUACAACUUAUUUAUGAUCUUAUGAAAUUGAUGGCCAAAUCGCAUGGAUCUAAGUGAUCUUCAAAGGUCUGGAGUCUGCAGGAAUAAACAAAAAACUUGUAAGCUUCUACGCUUUCUUUAUUCUGUUGAAUAUCAUCUGCCUCUGACCACAGGAGAACCAUAGAAAACCCUUGCUUGACAUCAGAUAUAAUUGCCUUAUACAAGGUAACAAAAGAGAAAAUUUCAGCUUUUUCUUCCUCCUCUGAAAAGUCAAACAAUACGUAACUCCAGCACAUCCUUCUAGAGAGAAACGGGAGUCCCUAAAACACGGCACAACAACGCAAGUUUUGGCCAUCCAGAAAGAAGAUGUUUAUUGUACAACCAUGUUAACAUGUUGGGACUCAUAGAGUUUUGAAAACGGACAAAUCAAAGCACAAGCUCAGAGAAAGUGCAUCAUAUCAUGCCAUAAGUAUGAAGAAUGAUGAAUCAUACAUUCAUCCUUAUCAUAAGGUAAACAUGUGCCUCGCUGCACAAGAAACUUUUUUUUUUACUGUAUGUGCCAGACUACUUUAUUAUGAGGAAUAGUCUUAAAAACACUGGAAUCAUGUUAUAGGUAUAAAUAUUUGAUGAGUUUUAAAUGUUGUAAUAGUAAAGCACUGUUCCUAUAUACCACAGUACUACUUUAUAUAUAGCAGAAAUGGCUGUAAUUAAAAAAUGGGAUGGCUUCACACACAGAUAUUCAAUGAGGAUCACUUUGAAAAAAAAAACGCUGUGUAGAUGAAGGACCUUCCUCUCCUCUUUGUGUUGAGAAAAGCUCAUGCAGUUUGUUCUUUGGUGCUAGCCAUUAAAAAAAAUCCCGCAUCUAUAUGUAAGCACAGCAUUGUAGCCAAACCCGUUGUUUAAUGGUUUAGACCAGGAAAAUUGCUCAUUUUUGGUGCCUGUUAUUUUAAGAGUAAUUCACAAAUUUAUAUGGGUUUACUAUAUGCCUGCAUAUCAAAACUCACAAUUUCAACCGCCUGUUUACUCAGAAUAUCUGCACAAAAGACUCAGAGGACCAAAAAGGGGAGGUCUAACUGUCAUGACAGCUACUGUCUACUGACAGCUCAGGCAGUAGUAAUUUUUGAUUAAUGCCUAUAUUGUAAAGCACAGAGUAAUUGUCAAUUUUAUUUUAUUUUUUAUUUUUUUUAACUACACAUAACAUGCUGUCUCUAGUGCUGCUUCUCUUUUUGGCUGUGUGACUAGGGGUGUAUUGAUGCACUGAGCAUGUUAUUUUUACACUGAAUAUCUAUGUGUAUGAAUGGGAAGAAAGUCUGUACUGUGAUAUUAUGAUAUUAUUAAGAGCAAUGCAAAGAAUCUAGGACCAACAUUCCAGAGAACUACGCAUUCAUUUUCUGUGCUGUUAUGGUAUAUGAGAGAGUAAGAUUUGUGCCUAUCAAAUAAAUUUCAUUUUACACUAGAACAGGUUAUACUCGAAUAUCCAUUGGCCCUACUCCUUAUACUAUAUUAGAAGAUGUCUCGAUGCCUUGGUGCAAUAUGCAAAUGAAAAAGUGCAACUGUAGACCUAUUUUGAGAGAGUGUGUGUGCGCUCAUGCUGCUGUAUGUUACACUGAUGACCUUUGAUUUCACUGAAACUUUUAAUACAGGCUUUGCUCUGUCUUGCCCAUUUUAUAGAAAUACUAUUAAAGUUCUUUUCAUUGAA